CCAGCCUUUGCUGGGGGACCUUACGGGCUGUUCUACUACUAUCGCCUUUGAUUUUUGACUCAUUUUGCCAAUUAUAGGAUGCAGUACGACUGGGGUCAGAUUCACGCCCUUGCGGUUGGUGAUUCUGGCAAUCGUGACUCUACCGCCACUCCUGCCCUGUCACUGAAGAGGCAUGCGGCUUGUGACGAGUGUAGGAAACGGAAGUUGAAAUGCUCGGGGGAAGCAACGGGCUGUAGCCGUUGUCUAAAACAAUCUCUUGUCUGUCAUUAUUCGGUACAGAAACAAAUGGGGCGGCCACCUAAAAAGCGUGUACGAGAGGACAAUGAUAGUCUCUCUCUGUUUGGCCUCACAAGCGAUGAAACAUGGCUUGAUACGGAUAGCUCCCAAUUUACAUCGUCAAAUCUUUGUCCGGAAGCGACGGCUGCAUCAGACGCCCUCCGUGUUUGCGCUCCAGUUUACAGUGCUCCGUUUAGCAUUUCGCAAAUCUCUCAUCGUCUGUCUACAGAUGACAACCAUAAGCAUUCAUGGCAGCUGAAUCAGGGAAAGUUCACGGAACCAGUUCCUGCAACAACUGGACCUUGGCCAGACUUCUCUAGUGUAUCUGCAGCAGCGUCUACUCCGUUUACAAUGCCACCAGGGCUAUCGCACAUGCAUUCGCCUCCCGUAACUCCUUCGGACUCAGACUCUUCAGAGACUCAGUGCACAUGCCUAUCAUAUAUGUAUCUAUGCCUUAGCCAUUUGUCUUCCCUGGCCCCUUUUCCGAUCUCUCAACAUACACUAUGCUCAUUAUUCAUUGCUGCGAAAACUGCACGGGCGGUGAUCCGUUGCCAAACCUGUCCGACAAAAUUCGCUACGGCUAUGCAGAACGUUAUGUUCACUGGGACACUGCUGAACGUCGUCGCCGAUGCCUGGCUGCGAGUGUCAAAAACUGAUGCUGAAGAACUUGGGAAACAGGCGGCACCACCGGCCUAUGUGGCUGUAGUAAACAAAAACUCACUAGACUCUACAGCAGCCUGGAAGGACUGGCUUCGACAGAUAGUUCGAAGUGGCGUUAUAGGCGGACCAGCCGAUCCGGCUGGCUCUGUAGCUUGCUCAGAUUCGCCCAGUCUCCUCUCUUUAGUCCAAGAAUUGGAAGCACGUCAACGAAAGUGGCAUCUGGAGCGGCAUCCACAGGCCCGUCUUGGCGAUCCUAACGCUAGAUCCGAGCAAUCUAUUGAAACUGGCGUUGAUCCACGUGAUGAACAAGGCUGGCUCUGUGUUCGAGUGGCUAAAAGUGCCAGGGAUGUCAUUGCUAGGUUCGAAUUCGAGCCACACGAAUACCCAGAUGGCGUGAUUUGUUGACCACAAGCAAAUGACAGUUCUUACGACGAUACAUGUUAUGACCGGUUUAGCGUUUUCAAGUUGGAUAACUUGAUGUGAAUAUGCAGUUAGUCAGCAUUCUACUUGGGACACUCUAUGCGUUAAUAGGCGUUUUGGAAUAUAUGGAGGUUCCACGUCCAACUGAGCAUAUCGGUGUCCCUUUCCUUAUUCUCGUCUCUUCUCCUUUUCGCCCCUGUUGAUGUUUCAAGCGUACAUAUGCACUCAGUACAUGAAAGAAUUUUUGCCUUCGUAGUAAAUAAUUGAGGUUGAUAUUAUUAGCCCGAUG